AUGGGAGCUAGCAUGAGCGGCUACAUAGACUGUCACUGUCACAUCUCCUCUGAGGACUUCGACAAGGACUUGGAUGAAGUGAUAGAGAAUUCCAGAAAGGCUGGAGUCGUGGCUCUGGUGGCUGUAGCUGAACAUUCUGGAGAGUUUGAGAAGAUCAUAAAUCUCUCACAGAGGUUCCCAGGGUUCAUCUUCCCGUGUUUGGGGGUUCAUCCUGUGCAGCAGGAGAAAGGGACUCAGAGGAGCGUCACAACCCAGGACCUGCAGGGGGCGCUGCCGAUCCUACACAAGUACAGAGAGCACAUCGUGGCCAUCGGAGAGGUGGGUCUGGACUUCACUCCUCGCUUCCUCGUCUCAGACGAGGACAAAGAGGCUCAGAGAGAGGUCCUGAGGCGACAGGCAGAGGUCGCCAAACAUCUGGACCUGCCGCUAAACGUGCACUCUCGGUCCGCUGGCAGACCCACCAUCCACCUCCUCAAAGAACUGGGAGUACAGAAGGCUCUACUUCAUGCCUUUGAUGGUAAACCAUCUGUGGCUCUGGAGGGAGUGAGACAAGGAUUUAUGUUCUCUAUACCACCAUCAAUCAUCCGCAGUGACCAGAAGCAGCGUCUGGUGAAGCAGCUGCCUCUGGAGAACAUCUGUCUGGAGACCGACUCUCCUGCACUUGGUCCAGAGAAACAGGUCCGGAAUGAGCCUCAGAACAUCUGUGUUGCUGCAGAGUUUGUUUCCAAAGUGAAAGGAGUGAGUUUGGAGCGAGUGAUGGAGCAGACGACACACAACGCUCUCAAACUGUUCAACAACCUCAGACUCUGA